AGUGAGCGCGGCUGCUGCUGGCGAGCGAGCGGCGCGGCGGAGGGCACCGGAGGCCGAGCGCGGCGGCGGCGGCGGCGGCGGCGCCUGAAGCGCACCCAGCGGGCACCGCGAGGCGGCCUGCGACGCGGCGGACACCGGGAGGCCAGAGCCGGCGCGGGCAGUAGGCGGCGGCGGCAGCUUGUUGGCGGCAUCGGCGGCGAGGAUGCUGCCUGGGAGGCUGUGCUGGGUGCCGCUCCUGCUGGCGCUGGGCGUGGGGAGCGGCAGCGGCAACGGCAGCAGCGGGGGCAGCCGGCGGCGCCGCCUCCUCGCGGCUAAAGUCAACAAACAUAAGCCAUGGAUCGAGACCUCUUAUCACGGAGUCAUAACUGAGAACAAUGACACAGUCAUUUUGGAUCCACCACUGGUAGCCCUGGAUAAAGAUGCACCAGUUCCUUUUGCAGGGGAAAUCUGUGCAUUCAAGAUCCAUGGCCAGGAGCUGCCCUUUGAGGCCGUGGUGCUCAACAAGACAUCUGGGGAGGGCCGCCUCCGAGCCAAGAGCCCCAUUGACUGUGAGCUGCAGAAGGAGUACACGUUCAUCAUCCAGGCCUACGACUGCGGUGCCGGGCCCCGGGAGACGGCCUGGAAGAAGUCACACAAGGCCGUGGUCCAUAUCCAGGUGAAGGACGUCAACGAGUUUGCUCCCACCUUCAAAGAGCCAGCCUACAAGGCCAUCGUGACGGAGGGCAAGAUCUAUGACAGCAUCCUGCAGGUGGAGGCCAUCGACGAGGACUGCUCCCCCCAGUACAGCCAGAUCUGCAACUACGAAAUUGUCACGACAGAUGUGCCUUUUGCCAUUGACAGAAAUGGCAACAUCAGGAACACUGAGAAGCUCAGCUACGACAAGCAACGCCAGUAUGAGAUCCUGGUGACGGCGUAUGACUGUGGACAGAAGCCCGCUGCUCAGGACACCCUGGUGCAGGUGGACGUGAAGCCAGUUUGCAAGCCUGGCUGGCAAGACUGGACCAAAAGGAUCGAGUACCAGCCUGGCUCGGGGAGUGUGCCCUUGUUCCCCAGCAUCCACCUGGAGACGUGCGACGGUGCCGUGUCCUCCCUCCAGGUCACCGCGGAGCUGCAGACCAAUUACAUUGGCAAGGGCUGUGACCGGGAGACCUAUUCUGAGAAAUCUCUUCAGAAACUCUGUGGAGCCUCCUCGGGCAUCAUUGACCUCCUACCGUCCCCCAGUGCUGCCACCAACUGGACGGCAGGACUGCUGGUGGACAGCAGUGAGAUGAUCUUCAAGUUUGACGGCAGGCAGGGUGCCAAGAUCCCAGAUGGGAUUGUGCCCAAGAACCUGACGGACCAGUUCACCAUCACCAUGUGGAUGAAGCACGGCCCCAGCCCUGGUGUGAGAGCCGAGAAGGAGACCAUCCUCUGCAACUCAGACAAAACCGAGAUGAACCGGCAUCACUACGCGCUCUACGUGCACAACUGCCGCCUCGUCUUCCUCCUGCGGAAGGACUUCGACCAGGCCGACACCUUCCGCCCCGCCGAGUUCCACUGGAAGCUGGACCAGAUUUGUGACAAAGAGUGGCAUUACUAUGUCAUCAAUGUGGAGUUUCCUGUGGUUACGCUGUACAUGGAUGGAGCCACAUAUGAGCCCUACCUGGUGACCAACGACUGGCCCAUUCACCCGUCUCACAUAGCCAUGCAGCUUACUGUCGGUGCUUGUUGGCAAGGGGGAGAAGUCGCUAAACCCCGGUUUGCGCAGUUCUUCCACGGCAGCCUGGCCAGCCUCACCAUGCGCCCUGGCAAGAUGGAAAGUCAGAAGGUGAUUUCCUGCUUGCAGGCCUGCAAGGAAGGGCUGGAUAUUAACUCCUUAGAAAGCCUCGGGCAAGGAAUAAAGUAUCACUUCAACCCCUCGCAGUCCAUCCUAGUGAUGGAAGGGGACGACAUUGGGAAUGUCAACCAUGCCCUCCAGAAGGUGUCCUACAUCAACUCCAGGCAGUUCCCGACGGCAGGCGUGCGGCGCCUCAGAGUGUCCUCCAAAGUCCAGUGCUUUGGGGAAGACGUGUGCAUCAGCAUCCCUGAUGUGGAUGCUUAUGUGAUGGUCCUGCAGGCCAUCGAGCCCCAGAUCACCCUCCAGGGCACAGAUCGCUUCUGGAGACCUGCCUCCCAGUUUGAAAGCUCCAAAGGAGUGAUCCUCUUCCCCGACAUCAAGAUCGUGAGCACCUUCGCCAAGGCUGAGGCUCCUGGGGACAUGAAAAGCACAGCUCCCAAAUCGGCAGUCCUAGAAGAAAUGCUUCACAACUUAGACUUCUGUGACAUUCUGGUGCUUGGAGGGGACUUGGACCCUCGGCAGGAGUGCUUGGAGCUCAGCCACAGUGAGCUGCACCAGCGACACCUGGAUGCCACCAACUCCACUGCAGGCUACUCUAUCUAUGGUGUGGGCUCCAUGAGCCGCUACGAGCAGGUUCUGCGUCAUAUCCGCUACCGCAACUGGCAUCCGACUUCUCUUGACACCCGUCGGUUCCGGAUCAAGUGCUCAGAGCUCAAUGGGCGCUACACUAGCAACGAGUUCAACUUGGAGGUCAGUGUCCUCCAUGAAGUCAGAGCCUCAGACAAGGAGCAUGUCAACCACCUUAUUGUGCAACCUCCCUUCCUCCAGUCUGUCCAUCACCCCGAGUCCCACAGUAGCAUCCAGCGCACUUCAGUGGUCCCGAGCAUCGCCACAGUGGUCAUCAUCAUCUCCGUGUGCAUGCUAGUGUUUGUGGUGGCCAUGGGCGUGUACCGAGUGAGGAUUGCCCACCAGCACUUCAUGCAGGAGACCGAGGCUGCCAAGGAGGCCGAGAUGGACUGGGACGACUCUGCACUGACCAUCACGGUCAACCCCAUGGAGAAACACGAAGAACCAGGCCACGGGGAAGAGGAGAGCGAGGGAGAGGAGGAGGAGGAGGAAGCAGAGGAAGAUGUGAGCUCCAGCAGCAGCGACUCUGACGACAGCGAAGAGGAGGAGGAGGAGGGGAUGGGCAGAGGCAGGCACGAGCGGAGUGGCGCCAGGCAAGCCCAGCUAGAGUGGGAUGACUCCACCCUCCCCUACUAGUGUCCCAGGCCUGCUCCCAGCCCGCGUGUCCCUUUUGUAAAGCCCGACCCAGUGUA